AUGGCAUCCAACUCCACCACCAAAUUUUUCGCACUCUCUCAGUCGUUUAGCGUAUCUGAUAUCAUCGUGAUCGGAGCGUAUUUCUUAUUGAACGUCGCAGUUGGGAUAUGGUCAUCUUGCAGAGUGAGCAGAAACACACUCAGUGGAUAUUUCCUGGCCGGUAGGGACAUGGCUUGGUGGCCGAUUGGGGCAUCUCUGUUUGCCAGCAGUGAGGGUUCUGGAUUAUUCAUCGGUCUGGCUGGUACGGGGGCCGCCGGGGGAAUCGCUGUGGCCGGUUUUGAAUGGAAUGCAACGUAUGUCCUGUUGGCUCUUGCAUGGAUCUUUGUCCCAGUUUAUGUCUCUUCUGGGAUUGUCACAAUGCCAGAAUAUUUGGGUCGGAGGUUUGGAGGAGAGAGAAUUCGCACGUACUUGUCAGCUCUUAGUUUGUUGCUGUCUGUGUUCACAAAGAUCUCAACAGACCUGUAUUCUGGAGCUCUGUUUGUCCAGGUUUGUUUGGGCUGGAAUCUUUACCUCUCCACUGUGCUCAUGUUAGUGGUAACUGCUCUCUACACCAUUGCAGGUGGCUUGGCUGCUGUAAUCUACACCGAUACUCUUCAGACGUUUGUCAUGAUCAUUGGAGCAGUCAUCCUCACCAUCACAGCUUUCAAUAAGAUUGGAGGCUACAGUAACCUGGAGAGUGUGUAUCUGAAAGCUGUGCCAUCGAAGAUCAUUCCGAACACGACAUGUCACCUGCCCAGGGCUGAUGCCAUGCACCUGUUCAGAGACCCUGUUCAUGGAGACUUACCCUGGCCAGGCAUGACACUGGGCUUAACCAUUCUGGCAACAUGGUACUGGUGCACUGAUCAGGUAAUCGUGCAGAGAUCUCUGUCAGCCAAGAAUCUUAGUCACGCCAAAGGAGCAUCCAUCUUUGCCAGCUAUCUCAAGAUGCUCCCCAUGAUCUUCAUAAUCCUACCUGGCAUGAUCAGCAGGGCCCUCUACCCAGACAUAGUGGCCUGUGUUGACCCUGAGGAGUGUCUAAAGGUGUGUGGGGCAGAGGUGGGAUGUUCCAACAUCGCUUUCCCAAAACUGGUCAUCGAACUCAUGCCAAGCGGUCUCCGGGGGUUAAUGAUAGCUGUCAUGAUGGCUGCCCUGAUGUCAUCACUGACCUCCAUCUUCAACAGCAGUAGCACCCUCUUCACCAUGGACAUUUGGAAGAAAUAUCGUAGAGGUGCUAGCGAGAAGGAACUGCUGCUGGUUGGCAGAAUAGUGACUGUUAUUCUGGUGGUGAUAAGCGUGGUUUGGAUCCCGAUUCUUCAGAGCGCCAACAGCGGUCAGCUUUACGUCUACAUCCAGUCGGUGACCAGCUACCUGGCCCCUCCUGUGACGGCCAUAUUUGUAAUGGCUAUUUUCUGGAAACGAACCAAUGAAGCGGGAGCAUUCUGGGGCUUGAUGGUGGGUUUAGCGGUGGGAUUGACACGGAUGGUCCUAGAAUUUGCAUUCCCUCCUCCUCGCUGCGGUGUGUUCGACCCUGCACCUGCUGUUCUGAGGAGGGUACAUUACCUGCACUUCGCCAUCAUUCUCUGCGCUCUUACUGCUGUUGUGGUUGUGGUGAUUAGUCUACUUACGCCACCACCCACUGAGGAACAGACACAUAAUCUGACCUGGUGGACUUUGAGCAACACCAGUGAAAGAGAAAUAGCUCUACAGAAAGUAUCCACGCUGAGCCGCAGGACUGAAGGAUGCGAGUCUGCACGCAGGGGUAAGUGCGUUCGCACAGCCGGGUUCUGCAGUCCUCGACCCGGACGACUUGCAGCCGGGACUCCGCCUCCCAUAAUUCAUGGCAUCAAAGAGGACCCAUUCUGGUCUCGCUUCUGCUGCGUCAAUGCCAUCAUUCUGGUGUGCGUCAACAUCUUCCUGUAUGCCUACUACGCGUAACAGUCAUACAAAAGUCAUCACACGCAUCUGGGUUUUGUCAAGACGUGCAUCAUUUUGCUCUUCCACAUGUCUCAUUCUUCGAAUGAGAGUUAAUCUGAUGUCAGCAUGAUUGGAUAGUGUAUUUAUUGCGGGGAUUCAUGAAUCAUUAAACAGUGCAAUGGCAUGGCAUGGCAUAGGGCAGACGCAACUAAUGGAGUUAUUCAUCUUUCAAAAUUCAUACAGAGCAAAAUAGUGAUCCAAAAUUCUAGAUGCAGUUCGGUGUGAAAGGACCUUAUUUUCCACAACCGGGUGAAUGUCUUAACGUGUUUUUAAAGCUAGAUUUUCAUUUAAAGCUUUUGAUAUGAAUAUGUUUAAAGCCAAAGUGUGUACUGUAAUUGUGUCUUCUUUCAGCUUAAUACGCAAACAAAUAUAAGUAACUUAUUGGUUGGUUGAGUUCCCAGAAAAGGGUAAACUGUGACACUGGCGCUAUCAAAACAUUCAUCUGCUUCUUGGAGCUUCCUGACCAACCCCGCAUAGCUCAACCAAUCACAAGAUUUUAGGGUGGGACUAUCUGUUUGCUGACCAAUGGUGGACAGGGGAUUGUUCUGAAACCCUUUUUUUUUUAAUUGUUCUUUUUUCAAUUCUGAGCACAGAAAUGUCACACUUUAGCUUUAACAAGUGUAACUGUGUUUAGAUUUCUUAAACAACACGAGAAAAAUCUUUAUUGCAGGUUUUAUUUGUACAAUGGUUAUUUAACUAGUGGCUAUAUACUGUACAUUUAGAUCUUGGUGUCAGUAUAAGUGACUGUUAAAUAUGUUCACAUUUACUUAACACAAAAAGAAAUUGUAACAAUAUCCGACACUCCCAAAGGGGUGGGUGUUCAACUGCAGUCUUGCUUCAUAGAAAUUAACAAAAGGUGAUUAAGAUGUAAUGUAAUAAUGUAAUGUACUGUACUGUAGAUUGAUGACUAUUUAAUCUGCAUCUCAAUAAUUAUAUCAGUAAUAGCGUGAGAAUAACUAUGAUUGUAAGAACAGCUUGUAAAUGAUUGCAAGGACACAAUAUUUUUCUUAAUUUAUUUGUUUUUGAAAGCGCAUGCGAGUAAUGGAUAUAAUAAAAUUCAAUGCAAUGUGUAAACCAAGUGUUUUGGAUUGGUGUUUUUGCAGGAAAACUAAAACUUAAAUGCAAACAGCAAGUACAAUAUUCAGUUUGCACACAUAUAAUGUGCACAGUUUUGCUUAUCAACUCAAUUGAACGCAUCAGAUAAUAUUGGCAAAACAAGGAAAGCUGAUUACUAUCGCUUUAUGCAACUGCAGCGCAAGUCGUAUUGAACUGGUAAUUCUAUAAAAAUUUAGAAAUAAAAACAAAAAUAUGAUAAAUAAUUUUAAACUAACUAAAACCAUUGUUUUUUCAUUGCAGUUUAUAAAAAUCAUACCUUGCCAUAAAGGAAAUUGCACUAAUACUUUUUUGCUUGCAAUAUUACACUUGGCAUGAUUUAAAUGAUUAAUUAAAUGAGAAAAUUAAGAUUUAAUGUUUUCAGUCUACAAUCGUCAUUCCUUUCUUAAGUGUUUGUUAACUUGUUGUACAUGUUGGACACUUAUUAAAAGGUCUAACUCUCAUUGUAUUGCACAAUAUGUCUGCACAUUUGUAAUUCACAAUGUUUCUCUUUUUGAAUAUAUUUUGCAUGUAAGUAAACAGAAUGUGAAAUUUAAAGGGAAUAAACAAUU